AUGAUCACAAUCACGAUCCGUUGUUUCGUGCUUACUGCGGCGUGUGCGGCACUGCACGGGGCUGAUUCUUCGCGCCUGCCACUCCCCGUUGCCCACGCCGACACCCUCCAUUGCUAUCUGAAAUGGGCCUGCACGCUUUGGGCCGUGCUGGACCUCAAUGCGGUGCUGAAUCGCUGGGCUGAGAACAGGUGGCUAUGGCGCGACGACACUGGCGCAUGGGACUGGGAGAAGGAGAUUGCCGUGGUUACUGGGGGCGCCCAGGGCAUUGGCGCCUGCGUGGUCAAGAACCUUCUCUCCCACGGCAUAAGCUGCGCCGUCUUGGACGUCGCACCCUUGUCCGCCAACUAUACCAAACACGAGCUCAACCUCGUUCGAUACUACAAAUGCGACAUCACCUCACCCCACGAUUUGCACAGUGCCGCCGAGGCCAUCCGCUCAGACUUGGGCCACACUUCCAUCUUGAUCAACAAUGCUGGCAUUGGAAACGCUUACACCAUCCUCGACAUACCCCUCGAAAACUUGAAGAAGAUAUUCGACAUCAAUCUACUCAGUCAUUGGAGUACAGUAAAAGAGUUUCUACCUGACAUGCUAGCCAAGAAGAAAGGCCACAUCAUGAGCGUUGCAAGUCUGGCUUCUUUUGUCUCACUCGCUGCUGCAGUAGACUACAGCUGCACUAAAGCGGCACUGCUUGCUUUCCAUGAAGGCCUCGGCCAGGAAUUGAAGCACAGAUACAAGUGUCCGCAGAUCAAGACCACCAUUGUCCAUCCCAGCUGGACCAAGUCCGCCAUAACUGCGCAUCCAGCAAUACAGGCCGGCCUUGAGAGCAUCGGCGUGAAGCUCCUCGAAGCCGAACAUGUGGCCGAAGCAAUGGGUAGACAGAUCAUUGCGGCGAGGAGUGGCCAACUCAUUCUCGGUCCACGCAUCUCCCCGAAGAUACGCGCUCUGCCCACCUGGCUACAGGAGGUCAUUCGAGAUAGUCAGGCUAAUGUAGUCAGCGGGAGCGGCUCAACAGGUUAG